AUGGCCGAUCUAAGCACGACGACCCCCCUCCCCAGCAGCACAAUCGUCUUCUUCCAUCCCGACCUCGGCAUCGGCGGCGCGGAACGCCUCGUUGUCGACGCAGCAGUCGGCCUCCAAUCCCGCGGCCACAAAGUCGUCAUCUUCACCAACCACUGCGAUCCUACCCACUGCUUCGACGAGUGCCGCAAUGGCACACUCGAUGUUCGCGUCCGCGGCAACUCGCUCGUCCCGCCCUCCAUCCUCUCCCGUCUGACUAUCCUAUGCGCCAUCCUCCGACACAUCCACCUCCUGCUAGCAAUACACUUCACAGGCGAACUGGCCGCUCUCCGUCCGCGCGCCUUUGUCGUCGACCAACUCUCCGCUGGCCUCCCUCUGAUGCAGUACCUCUCGCCGCAGGUCCCUAUCCUCUUCUACUGCCACUUCCCCGACCUGCUGCUCGCACAGGGACGCAGGUCGGCCAUAAAGCGUCUAUACCGUGUGCCGUUCGACUGGCUUGAGGAAUGGAGCAUGGGCUUUGCGCACGCGAUAGCUGUAAACUCCAACUUUACAAAGGGAAUCGUGGCCAAGACGUGGCCGGGCCUGCAGAAACGAGUGCCAACAAAGGUCGUUUACCCGUGCGUCGACACCAAUGUCAAGCACGACAAAAUCGACGGCCAAGAAAAAGUUACAGCGGGCAAGAAGCUCAUCCUGAGCAUCAACCGGUUCGAGAGGAAAAAGGACAUUGGCCUGGCAAUCAAGGCGUUUGCCCAGAUUCCCGCACCGCAACGCCAAAACGUCCGCCUCGUCCUCGCAGGCGGCUACGAUCCCCGCGUCUCCGAAAACGUCCUCUACCACACCCAACUACAAGAACUCGCGACAUCCCUCUCCCUCACACACCACACCAUCACGCCGUCCAAACUCUCCGCCAUCUCCUCCCUCGCCUCCACCCCAGCCGACACACAAGUCCUCUUCCUGCUCAGCGUACCCAACACCCUCAAGGAAGCACUCCUACGAACAUCCCGCCUGCUAGUAUACACCCCCACCAACGAACACUUCGGCAUCGUUCCCCUCGAAGCAAUGCUCGCACACCUCCCUGUUCUUGCUGCAAACACAGGCGGCCCCGUCGAGACCAUUGCCGACGGCAAAACAGGCUGGCUCCGUGACCCCGACGACGUAAGCGCCUGGUCCGACGUCAUGAGUCGCUGUCUGGAAUUGUCAGCAGACCAGGUCCUCGCGAUGGGUGUGGCCGGCGAGCGCCGCGUAAAGGAGUUGUUUGGCCGUGACAAAAUGGCCGAGACGCUAGAUGAGAGUCUGACGUCUAUUAUCGGGGGGUAUAAACGGCCAGAUGUGUAUAAUAGGCUUGUAAACUUUGGUCUUUUCAGCAUGUUUGUGGCAUUUAGUGCUGCUUUGGCUGCCUUGGUUGUUCGCAUGUUUGGGUAG